GCCACAUCGCAAGCGGAACAACAAAUCACGGUAUCGCAACUAAUUCCGCCAAAGUUGUGCAAGCGUGGGGCGACCACGGACGAUCUACUGGAAAUUUCCUACCGCGGUAGCGUAGUAGAAACUGGCCAAGUGUUUGACGGAUCCGCGAUCAAAAUCGACGGCGGAGGUAUUCCGGGGCGUGGCGACGAUGUCUCGUUGUACUUUGUUUUGGGGAAGCAGCCGUUCGGACAGUUCCCGCCCGGAUGGGAUGUCGGGAUGGUGGGUCAGUGCGUCGGAGAACGAAGGCGCCUCAUUAUACCACCCGCCUUGGCGUACGGUUCCAAAGGCGUGCCUCGGCGGGGCAUACCCCCUGAUGCUACGCUCCAAUACGACAUUACUUUGGUUUCGUUGAAUGGCUUUUCCACUCCGCAAUAA